UGGAUGGAUGGAUGGAUGGAUGGAUGGAUGGAUCUCAGAGCAGCUUUAUACAGAUGUUCUUCUUGGACUCAGGUGUGAAUCUUUAUUAAGCCACUGUUGAAUGAGAGCUUUUGAUGGAGCCAUGUGAACACUAAGAGAGAACCAUUCAUACGUAUACCUCAGUUCUUCCAGUCCUGGGUGGUGGUGAAACAGUCUUACUGGGCUGCUUAUAUUGAAUGAACACCUGCUUUACUUAUUGCAGUUCAUCCAGACAUGUGCAAGGGAUUUUUAUCACUUUUAGAUGGACAUGAUUUUUAGGAAACGUGGGCAUAGUUUUUGUGAUGAUUUGUGUGUAAUUCAGCUUUUAUAGAGCAUCACACAUAUACACCACUCGUUUCCUCCCAUGUGUUGUGUAGGAGAGAGAGAGAGAGAGAGAGAGAAAGCAAAGAGUGUACAGUCGUUCGGCAUUAACAUCAGGGUUUUUGGUUACGGUCCCCUCUGGCAGGUACACAGGGAGGUGGGAGAUCUGUAUACGCCAAGAAAGUUAUUUUUUUCUAUUACACAGAUCCCAACACCGCAUCUAGACUGUGUAUUAAAAAGAGUCUUAUUGCUGAAGGCGGCGUGCCCAGAGCGCACGGGCAACACCCUGGAAAACUGGCAUUCCUGUAGCAAAGAAACAUAUGGAAAGAUCGUGCUGCUUACAAUUCACAAUAGUGCACUUCAUGUCAAAUGCUUGACUUUGUAUAAAGUUUAGUAUGCAAGUUAAACGUAUCAAGCCUAUAGAUUUAAUUAUAGACAUUUUACAAAAGCAGUAUUGACCACAUGUAAUUAUUUGCCUAUUAUUGCCUAGUAUUUGUUUUGACUAUAAAGUGUUGUUAAAAAGGAAAUACGGUGAAUAUGUCAAAUAUUGUAAGUUUUAUUGUAAAUAGGUGUGAGAAAAGUGUUCCAGCGCCUAUCAAAAGAUAAAACUUUUAAGGUUUCCAUUUCCCAACCCCCUCGUACAUCGAUGCAGCCCAUCGCCCCACGCUCCAAACUGCCGUGCUCUGACCGUACAGGCCCACAGCAAAGCUUCUCUGGAUUAAAAUGACCUCCAUCUCGAAGUUUCCCCCGAGGCUGUGCGCAGCAUUGUAUGGGACAACCGAACACAACCCACAACCGCAGUGCUGCAUUACAGUUUAGCGAUAUGACAACAGACACUUCCCACGUCUUCGCCCCGGGGGGGUCGAACGAUACACAAAUCUCACGAUGUCCGCUUCGUAUCCCAGAUUCGCGAUCGUGGUUUUUCUGGUUCAGCCGCUGUCCUUAUUAAACUGAUGCGAAAUGGCACGAAAUGAUACAAAAGCAAACCCCAGACAAUGAACCCAAAUUGAAAAGCCACAUUUUGAGAGAUUAAUUGUGGUAUCUGAAUACUGAAGAAGCACAUCUGUAAGGAAUUAAAUGGUGCACACUGAAUAGGAUGCCCAUGUCUGCCCCUUUUACUUCACUCCCCCAUGCCAGGCUUAGUGUUGAGUCUGAAAUCAAGCAAAUAUCAUUUUACUUGUGAUAUAUUACCCUUAAAAUGUGUUUUUAAGCCAUUCAGAAACCCAAGUUGAUUGAACUUGGACCAAGAAGCAUUAUUUCAGCUCGAGUUACUUUCACCUACUGAAAAUAUGUAUAUCAGUAUAUCAGAAGCUGGUUGCGAGUGAACACGGGUUGGUAUGCAUGUGCACCGUUGCUCCCCGCCCCCCACCUUCUCCAAAAUUCUCAGAUUGGUUGCACAGAGCGUUGGAGCCUAUCACGUCUAACACCUAGCAUGCGACCUUUAAUUAGGAACUCGUACGCUUUUCUCUGUGCCUCUCUGUCUCUUUCCCCAGAGGCAAACACCUUAGCGUCCGUGCCUCCGCAUCGCUAAUAAACAUGUUUCCAUUGUGUCCUCGGGCUGCGCCGGCGAAAAGACGACACAAACACACUUAAUUAGAGCCUUGGCAAUAAUUUGUAAGCUAAAUACGCGGCGGGGCAGAUGAGGAAGCGAGCUGAUAAAGGGCGAGGAAGACGCAAAAAAAGCUGCGAGACCCUGACGUGCCGGCGCGGAGACUCUGAGAACGCGCUCUCUCUCCAUGGCUUUCCCGUUUGUCUGUUUCCAGGAAGGACGGAGCAUGUCUCGCUUGUCUCUGACCCGCUCGCCGGUCUCUCCCCUGGCAGCGCAGGGCAUCCCGCUGCCCGCCCAGCUCACCAAAGCCAACGCUCCCGUGCACAUCGACGUGGGGGGGCACAUGUACACGAGCAGCUUGGCCACGCUCACCAAGUACCCCGACUCCAGGAUCAGUCGUCUCUUUAACGGCACAGAGCCCAUCGUACUGGACAGUCUGAAGCAGCACUAUUUCAUCGACAGGGACGGAGAGAUUUUCCGCUACAUCCUAAGCUUCCUCAGGACCUGCAAGCUGCUGUUGCCUGAAGACUUUACGGACUUUAACCUGCUGUAUGAGGAGGCACGGUAUUACCAGCUUACCCCCAUGCUGAAGGAGCUGGAGCGCUGGAAGCAGGAGCGCGAUCAGCGACGCUCGGCUCAGCCAUGCGAGUGUCUGGUGGUGCGCGUGACACCUGACCUCGGCGAGAGAAUCGCGCUCAGCGGGGAGAAGAUCCUCAUUGAGGAGAUCUUCCCCGAGACAGGAGACGUCAUGUGCAACUCGGUCAACGCCGGCUGGAACCAGGACCCCACCCACGUCAUCCGCUUCCCUCUUAACGGCUACUGCAGGCUCAACUCCGUACAGGUGCUGGAGCGUUUGUUCCAGAAGGGCUUCAGCGUGGCGGCGUCGUGCGGGGGCGGAGUCGAUUCCUCCCAGUUCAGCGAGUACGUCUUGUGUCGUGAGGACAGGCGGAGCCAAAACAUGAACACGCCCCUCAGGAUAAAACAGGAGCCGCUGGACUAGAGACGCUCGCUCAGAUCACUGACACAGACUGAUCUGCCCUGAGACCCUAAGACUUACACAUACACACACACACACACACACACAUAAACAUAAACAUAUAUACACAUUUACAGAUGUCCGCCUGGUACCCGAAACGGAAUGUAACACAAAACACACAAGAACAACCCCAAAGAACCGGAAAACACAGCACAGGCAGAUCCUCACUCUGAAUAAUGGCACUCCAUCCGGCCAAUAAAAAUCCGGUUUCUCUCACAAGCUCCCUCCUUCCGUCAGUGAAGCGAGCGAGGUGUAUUCAGGGAUGCCCUGUUUUCUCUACCGCCUUCUCUAAACGCCGGCAAAGUGCCACAGUAACACCACAGAGAACGCUACGGUGCAGUAAACAGACUCUGUUCUCAGAAGACCGUCCAAAAACAAAACUAUUGUCUCAUGUUAUUGUUGUUUAUAAAAUCUAAAAAAAAGAACACUUUAUUAUUUGUCUGCCACCAUGAUGUAUACAGUCCCCAAUGCUACAGUUUUUAUGUCCUUUUUUUUAAUGUCUCUUUUAUUAUAUGAAGGAUGAACGCGAGUCGUGCUCACGUGAAAAGCGAGUCGCUGCUUCUCUGAAACACUCCCGUAGCCCGAGGCGGCGCGGUUAACACACCGCGCACUGUAAUGAAUCCCGAGCCAAGAGAAGGCCGUUUUGUUUAAACAGAGCUGCAAGCAAACACGAGUAUUACUAAAGCUCAUUUCCUGCAGCAGGCCCAGGUAACACAGAGCCUCGUUGUGUGUAAUACGACUCUCACAACAUAUCGCUGAACAUUCAUCUGCAGCAUACGCCAGCGUGUGUUCAGAAAAGCAAUGUUGGAGUAGUUGAUAUUCAUCUCGAACUUUUUCAUGAUCCUAGUCCAUUCAGACCCACCGAAACAGUCGAGCGUAUCAGCUCGAGUACUUCAGUACAUACAUCUGCACUUAGACGGACACAGGGCUCAGCUUUGAGCCGUGCCUGCUGGCAAUUCCAGGGAACAGGAAACCCCAUGCAGAGCUAGCAUAGCGCACCAUGGACCAUAGUGAACGCAACCCGAGUGCUAGUAGCUCAUUAAUCGUGAAUACAUUACAUUAUUGUUGUGGUUAUUAAAUACGGUGUAUUAAAUUUCUUUCUUUCAA